AUGAGACGGCCCGGUGUGUAUUCUGGCAUGUUCACAGGGGUUGACGCCUCGUCGAGAAUAGGGCCUCACUCGCUGCCUCUGACGAGGAUAAAGAAGAUCAUGAAGAGCUCCGCCGGCGGCAACGUCUCGGAUGCCAAGAUGAUGAUAUCGGUCGAAGCUCCCAUCGUGCUCUCUAAGGUCUGUGAACUCUUCAUAGAAGAGCUCACCCGCCGAUCAUGGGCCGCCGCCGCCGCCCAAGGCAAACGCAAGACCCUCCUUCACGACGACGUUGCUGUCGCAGUCAACGACACCGACAACUUUGACUUUCUUGUUGGCAUGGUUUCCCGUGGCGGCCGCCGGCGUGGGGCCGAGGAGGAUUCCGAUGGUGUCAUCACCCAUCUGUAG